AUGUCAGAGUCAUUCUAUACCUCGUCGCCAGUUGGGGCUGUGCCGCCUGCUGUACCUAUAUCGCCAGCGCCUCCGACAUCACCAACCAGCGCAGUUGGUGCACCACCUCCCCCUCCUCCACCAAAACCCAUAUCUCAUCUCUCUCAAAGUGCCGACCCCAGCCGCUCUGGAACACCGAUUCUUUCGUCAGCAUCCAUUACCGCUCCUGCCCCAGCUGUGCCCAACAAAGUAGACUCUCCUCGACCGCAACCACCACUCCCAAUCGAACAGCAUCCGACAGGCUCCCCAGUUCCCGGAUUCCAGUCACAUCAGUCGAUACCACCUCAAGAGCCCUACCAACCCAUUCCUCCACCGUCCAUUUCCGAACGCUGGCUACCAACCAACGUCGCUAAUAAACCUCUCAAUGAACUCCAGCCGCUGCUCAACAACCCCUCCCUCGUCGCCAGCCUAGCCUCCCAGCACCCCUCUUACGCUUCCUCGCUCACCCCAAUGGAAAGGGCCAUCCAGCAGAACGUUCAGCUCGCCCAACAAGUUGCUCAUCUUGAGAGUCAACUUCGUGCCCUGCGUGACGACACGGCUCAGUUGCUACUGAACCAUACGAGUCUGCAAACUCAGUGGCGCAGGAAACAGACUGAGAUGGACGAUGCUUUGGCGCCUUGGGGUCCAAGACAGAUGUAUCAGCGGCUGGCAUCGAGUAUAAAUGAGCAGGAAGCAGUCUUGAAGGCUAUGCAAGAGAGUUUCCUUGAGGGUGGGACUGAUGACGACGCUUAUUAUGGAGGCACCAACGAUGGCAAGGCAAGUGAGAAGGAAGUCACUGAGUGGGUAAGGAGGAUAAGAGAAGGUGCCACGACAUUGGAAAAGAGAAGAGAGAUGCGAGCACGGUGGGACGAAGGAAGAGUGGGAGGUUGGAGGUGA